UGAAAAAAAAAAAAAAAAAAAAAAAAAAAAAAAAGGAAAAUGGCGUCGCACGCCACUUGUAAUUCGUCUAUUGAUCAUCAAACAGGGGACUCAUCACUGGAUGGAAGCCUGUCUCGUCCUGGCACAGACUGCUCCCCCUCUGUCUCGACUUGGGACAACUCCUCUCUAACAGGUUCCUCUUCCAUCAUCCAUGGGGGUGCUAGCGAUAGCCAACACGUUUCCAGCGAUCCACAGCCAUCAAACAUCACGUUCCAUAAACCAGCAGACGACAGUCAACCCCCGCUCCUCCCGCCAAAUGAACCAGAAACUACUGCAUCCAUACAGGAAGCCCGAACUCCGACGCCAAGUAGCGCGCCAAAAGUGACGCCCACGCAAAUUUUACCGCCAUUACUACUGUCAAAAACCAUGACGUCACAGCCAUCAAAGUAUGUACACCGCGCCAAGUCGCCAUCUUUCCUGCCAAAAAUGACAGCAUUACAACAACCACAGCAACGUAUAAUGCCAAAAUUGCUGUCAAACGACUCCAUUGCAAAUGCAAAAGAAAAUUUGGCGCCAAUUUUGCCGCCAAAUAACACAAUCAAUAAAAUAGCAACACUAACGCCAAGCUCUGAGCAGCCUCCAGUCAUCAACCAACAACUUAAUAUAACCUAUUCUGAUCCACCAACCACACCAAUACUAAAAGAUCCCUGUUACAUCCAUAAAUUAAAAAACACAGUGAUCACUAAACACACAAACUCAAAAAGCCUCAAACGAAAAAUUUCAAUGAGCCUGCAGCAACGUAACCCCAAACGCCCCAUACACUCUCCAACUGAUAAAUUAUUUAAUAAUAAUAAUAUCACAAACCCUAUUGUAAAACUACAAGACUUUGCUAAAGUUAUCAUCAAAACUGCAAUUCAUGCAGCAAAUGACUGCAAUGAACUCAUGGACUUUGAGACACACACUAACCCAAAUGACAGUCCAGACACGGGCAGACAAAAACUAGAUGACUCAAACAAUAUACUCGUCCACACAAAUACCCAGCAUACUCAACUGCUAGACCACCCUCAAGAAGAUAUUCAGCCCAACCUGCCGCAAAGCUCAAAAAUUCCAUCCCUCUUCCUCCCAAAUGUUACCGAAAUCCAGCCACUACUAGAUACAAUAAACAAGCUACCUGGCGUUGGCAGCUACACUACCAAGGUAGCACAAGACAACGGGAUCAGAAUCCAAUGUGAAAACAUUUCCACAUACAAUGCCAUCAGUGCCCUUCUGCAAGACAAACAAAUUCACAAUCAUACCUACCAGCUACGCAAAGAUCGCGGAUACCGCAUAAUAAUACGCCAUCUCCAUUACUCCACACCAUAUGACUGGAUCCGCGACCAGCUCAAAGAACUUGGUUACGUAACUCGACAUGUAAGUGUUAUCAAACACAGAACCAGAAACGAGCCAAUGAACAUUUUUGAAGUUGAACUGGAGCCUCGAUUGGAUGGUGGACAUGAAAAAAUACUUACAUUAACUGAACUAGGACAUCAAAAUAUUGCCGUUGAAAAACAACUCAGACGCAUUGAUCCACUACAGUGUCAUCGCUGUCAAUCAUUUGGACACAGCAAAAACUACUGUCGUAGACCCUUUGUAUGUCUAAAAUGUGCAGGACCCCACGCUACCACUACGUGCGCCAAAACAAUAGACGCAGAUGCCAAAUGUGCGAAUUGUGGUGGCAAACAUGUUGCUAGCUACAAGGGCUGCCCGGCUUUCAAGAGUGCACAGAAUAAACUGAUAGCACUCCGUGAACCCGAUAAUAGACAACACAUACAGUCACAGCCCUCACCACAGCAAGUACCACUAGAUUCACCUAAUUUACCCUAAUUUACCACCUAAUUUUAAAGUAAAUCAACAAACGCCACAGCCACAAAUCCAGCCGCUGCAACAAUAUACCAUCAACAAAACAACUAAACCACAGUAUACAGCACAACACAACAUCCACCCAACACAACUAAAUAUCAACUUAGCUGACACUGCCAAGGUUAAACCCACAAUGCUUCGCAAUCCUGCUGAAAGGCAUCUAAACAACUUUAAAAACAAAUUAUUGGCCGAGCAGCACCAAAAACAACAAAACGAGGAACUUCAACGCCACCAAAAUCAGCAGCAACAGCACAUGGGAGACCAGCCUCUCAUACGAGCACUGGAGAGCAACGUACGGACUGCAAACGAAAUGAGCAGCAAGAUUGACAAUCUACUAAAUGCACUGUACUCCCUUUGUAUCCCAACUCCCAAACCAAACUAAUUA